GUGAUGAGGACAGGCAGUGGCCCAGUCACGUGCUAGACACGUAAUGACCUACGUACAUGAAGCGUUUCUCUGAUAGACCACGGCAACGCAUCAGGGACGUCGGUUGACUGAUACAUUCCUGAUUGUAUUGUGUGUAGCCAGAGCACAACGAAAUCGCUGUGCUCGUGUAUGCCUCAGGUAUGAAAUGAUGUGGUCUGUGCAUCGAAGCUCGACCUGGCUGCACGUCACCCAUCACACGUCCCAAUCAUCUCGCUUGUCACGGCGAAAUACAACCCCCACCAACCCUGAGACCAUGAGAUGACACUUGCCACACCAUGGCGCUCGAGCCAUCCAGCGGAUACGUAGCUGGCGCCCAAGACGACGCCUCGUUGCCCAUCUUCGACGUCCAAAAAGUCCAACUGCGCUUCGAAAUCUCCGCCGAUUUCGUCGCCGCGCAAGUCGCCAACAACGUCCUCAUCCUCGCCCUCUCCACGGGGAAAAUCCUGCGCUUCGAUCUCGAUAAUGCCGAGGAUAUCGACGACAUUGAUUUGCCCAAGCGGCCGGCGGAAGUGGGGGUCAUCCGGAAACUCUUCCUCGAUCCCAGCGCGAGCCAUUUGAUUGUUUCCACGACGCUGGGCGAGAACUACUAUCUACACACCCAGUCACGCCAGCCCAAACCGUUGUCGAGGUUAAAAGGAGUGCAUAUUGAGAGCGUAGCAUGGAACCCUUCGCAACCCACAGCAUCCACCCGGGAGAUAUUGGUUGGCUCUGCCGAUGGCAAUGUAUACGAGACGUACAUUGAGCCGAGCACGGAAUUCUACAGAAGAGAAGAGAAGUACGUGAAGAAUGUGUACAAUGCCCAAGAUGGAGCGGUUGUGGGAAUCUAUGCGGAGAUCCUGGCAGGCCGGCCCGAUACGCGUCGUGUGAUGAUCGCUACCCAUCACCGCCUUCUACAUUUCACUGGACGUACGGGAAGACAAGGAACGGAGGGAAGCGGCAGCAUCUAUUCCAAGCUCUUCGAGAGUGAAAGUCCCGCCGUACACGAAAUCGAACGAGCUGGCGGCAAUGCUCCGUCCCUUCUGGCCAUUUCUCCGGACUCCCCGGAUGCAACUCCAUCGUCAACAAGCUCGAACGAAGAUCAUGCUUAUGCAUGGCUCAGCACUCAAGGCGUCUUCCACGGCAGACUGCUCUCCUCUUCUCCGGAUCCGGCAACGCUUGGACGAUACCUUUUCCGCGAAUCAAAGCUGCUGCCUACCACGAAGCUGCUACCCUCUCAGCCCCCCGCUGCAAGGGGUCGCUCGCACGCUGCUUUGAACUCAAUCGCGUUGACGCAAUUCCAUAUCCUUGCGUUGGUGGAGGGCCGCUUGCUCGCUGUCAACCGUCUGGACGAGACGUUGAUCUACAGCCAGCCUAUUUUGGAGCCCGGCCAAAGAAACCUCGGGCUGUUUGCAGAUCAUCAGAAGAAUACAUACUGGCUUUUCACCUCGCAGGAGAUCUUCGAGGUGGUCGUGACGGACGAGGCGAGAGACGUGUGGAGCAUUCUAUUGAAGCAAGGACAGUACGAGUCGGCGCAACGCUAUGCGAAAACCGCCGAGCAGAAAGACGCGGUAGCCAGCGCGACUGGUCAGCAUCUGAUGGCUCAGAGAAAAUUCAACGAAGCGGCCGUGGUACUCGGCAGAAGCACAAAAGCUUUCGAAGAUGUAGCGCUUACGUUCAUCGACAAAGGGGAGCAAGAUGCGUUACGGAGAUAUCUUCUUACCAAGCUGGCGAAUCUGAAGAGGAGCUUCGCAAUGCAGCGCACCAUGCUCGCUAGCUGGUUGGUGGAGUUGUACAUGGCGAAGCUGAACGAGCUCGACGACACCAUCACCACCAAGGCCGAGCUCAACGCCGACGACACGGGAACGAGUUCCGUGGAUACGCAGAAACAGUUGCCAAUCGUGCGAAAGGAGUACCAAGAUCUCUGCACCAAAUACCAAACCGAUCUCGACCGAAAAACAGUGUACGAAAUCAUCAGCGCGCACGGUCGAGAGGAAGAAUUGCUCUUCUACGCCAAUGUCAUCGACGACUUCAACUACAUCCUGUCGUAUUGGGUACAGCGCGAACGAUGGGAAGAAGCGAUGAGCGUGUUGAAGAAGCAGACCGAUGUGCAACUUUUCUACCGCUACGCCACGGUACUCAUGUCGCAGACACCCAUCGAGCUAGUCGAGGUGUUGAUGCGACAAGCCGACUUGGAUCCCAAGAAGAUCAUUCCCGCCCUGCUAAACUACAACCACACCAUCCCCUCCACUACUCCCUUGUCCCAAAACCAAGCGAUCCGCUACCUCCUCUUUUGCAUCAACCACACCCACUCCACCGAUCCCGCAAUCCACAACACCCUAAUCUCCCUCUACGCCUCAGCCGCCACGAAAGACGAAACCGCCCUCCUCGCCUAUCUCGAAGCACCAUCACAAGCUCACGAACGCCACUACGAUCCAGAUUUCGCUCUCCGCCUCUGCAUCGCCCAUCAACGCGUCCGCGCCUGCGUGCACAUCUACACCACAAUGAAGCAAUACGCAUCCGCCGUCGACCUAGCCCUCAAACACAACGAGAUUGACCUCGCCGCCGACGUCGCCGACACCCCCGGCAUCACCGACCCCACGCAGCGCAAAAAGCUCUGGCUCAAGAUCGCCAAAAAAGUCAUCGGGCGGGAAAAGGGCAUCAAAGCCGCCAUGGACUUCCUCAAGCGCUGCGGCGACCUGCUGCGCAUCGAAGACCUGAUCCCCUUCUUCCCGGACUUCAUCGUCAUCGACGACUUCAAAGAGGAGAUUUGCGCGGCGCUGGAGGACUACAGCCGGCGGAUCGACGAGCUGAAGCGCGAAAUGGACGAGUCGGCCGCGACGGCCCAGCAUAUCCAGGCGGACGUCAAGGCGCUCGAUGAGCGGUACGCUAUCGUGGAGCCCGGGGAGCGGUGCUGGAAGUGUCGGCUCCCGCUGCUCAUGCGGCAGUUUUUUGUGUUCCCGUGUCAGCAUGCUUUCCAUGCGGAUUGUCUUGGGGAGAUGGUUAUGGGGCUUGUGGGGAUGGGCAAGGGGAAGCGGAUCCGCGAGUUGCAGCGCGAGAUUGGAAGGGGCGUGGCGCUGGGGAAGCGCAGGGAGGGGAUGGUGAGGGAGUUGGAUGGGCUUGUUGCUGGGGCGUGUGUGCUUUGUGGUGAUGCUGCUGUUAGGGGGGUUGAUGAGCCUUUUGUCACGGAGGCGGAUGAUGUGCGGGAGUGGGCGGUUUGAAAUGUGUUCGUGGAGAUGAUGAUUAUACCCGGAGUGUAUGUGUUGUAUAUCUCAUUGGUCCGUUAGAUGUGCCCUCCGACGUCUCGUCUCCGGCGCUUUUAGCGGCAAAGCGGUCGCGC